AAGGAAGCACAUACUAAUAAGGUAAGCCAUUUUUUUGUGUAACUAACACUUUUAAAUUAACUGAAGUUUUAUGAUGACUUUCAUAACAAUUGCCUGCCCUUUGAAGCGACAGUGAAACAUUCUACUAAAACAAAAUCAAUGCCUCACAUUGUUGUGUAGUGUAUAGCGCCAUCUGUUAUUUGUUUCUUAAACUAGUACUCAGUGUUCAAACCUCGAGUUUGGCCUCGAGAGUUUAGAAGGCAGGUAUUUGUCGGUUGUGUAAAAACGUUACAUUGUUUGUCAAUCGUCGCUAAUUUAUGUUAAUUUCAUUUAAUCAUAAGAACAAACAAAGAAACAUUUACGAUUGCGAAAUUAGGAAAUAGUUAUGACAGUAAAAAUUUUAAGGAUCUGUAACUUUGUGUUAUCUGCAUUCUGCAUUAAUGUGUAAUUGUCAAAAAGUGCUUAUUCUGUCAAAAUCAGCUGUUCAUGGGCGAGUAGUGUACAAUAUUGUUGUUGUGUGAUUAUUAUGAAUAAUUAUUAGAAUAUCAAAAUGAAAUUUAUGAAAGUAUGUCGUCGACUAAGUUACGAACAUAAGAGUUUAGUGGCACGUGGCUAUUCUACUGUUUCUGAAAAGUGGCAAAGUGUCGUUGGUUUAGAAGUUCACGCACAGUUGAAUACAGAAUCGAAACUGUUUUCUGGUGCUCAGAAUACCUUUGGUGGUGUUGUGAAUAAUUGUGUGUCACUGUUCGAUGCGGCUGUGCCUGGUACAUUGCCAGUACUGAACAGAAAAUGUGUGGAACUGGGCAUAAUGACUGCUUUAGCUUUAUCUUGCAAAGUCAACGAAAUCUCGACUUUUGACAGAAAGCACUAUUUUUAUGCUGAUCUACCGACCGGCUAUCAAAUUACGCAGCAGAGAAAUCCAUUGGCUAGCGAUGGCGUUAUUAACUUCCAGGUAUUUACGCCAGGAAUUCACAAGAAACCGUAUAGAAAGAGUUCAAAGAUCAAACAGAUACAGUUGGAACAGGACAGUGGCAAGUCAUUGCAUGAUGCGGAACUCAAACGGAGUCUCAUUGACCUCAACCGAGCCGGAGCUCCACUUAUAGAACUGGAUGGCGAAGAAGCGGCGGCCCUGGUAAAGGAGUUGGUGCUGAUAGUGCAAAGACUCGGUGCCUGCACCGGUCGCAUGGAAGAGGGCGCCCUCAGAGUCGACGCUAACGUGUCGAUUAGGCGACCCGGCGACCCGCUCUCUACGCGCACUGAGAUUAAGAACAUUGGAUCAGUGCGCGGCGUGGCAGGCGCUAUCCGGCAUGAGAUUGAGCGACAAAAGACGAUCCUGGACAACGGGGGUCACAUUAUCAACGAGACCCGAGCGUACAUGCCGGAACCGAAUCUGCCACCGUUACGUGUCAACUUGAAGACCGACAUAGAACACAGAGACGUACUAAGCGUACCUCUAAUACAGGGCAAGAUACCAGAACUUCCAGAACAAUCCAGAAAAAAACUCAUCGAAGACUUUGGACUCCGACCAGAGACAUCAAUCCAACUAGUCAAUGAACCAACACUACUAGACUAUUUCCAAAAUUUAACUUCAGACAAAACCAGGAAUCCAAAUAAAGUAGCAAACUUUUUAAUCAAUGAUCUUUUGACCGUACUUAAUAAAAGGAAGCUAAGUGCAGAUGAUUGUCCCCUUACUGUUAAGCAACUGAAAGAACUGACUGACAUGCUUUUGAGUAAAGACAUUAAUUUAGAAAUUUGUAGAAACGUUCUAGAUGAACUGAUCGUUAUAUCUGAUGAUGAUGUAUCUCCUUUAGAUGUAGUCGAAGAAAAGGGAUGGAAACUUCAAUCCAAUGAGGACGAACUAACAAAACUAUGUAUUGAAGUCUUAGAAAAUAAUCCUAAGUUGGUGAAACAAUAUAAAAGUGGUAAAACCAAAGUAUUUAAAGCACUUUUAGGAAUAUUAUCUAAGAGCAACAAUAAAGUUGAUAUGUCUGUAGCGUCUAAGAUUAUGGAGGGGUUAUUGAAGAAGUGA